AUGGGAAACCGCAAGAUUGCAAUCAUUGGUGCAGGUCCAGCUGGUUGUUUACUAGCAAGACUCCUUCACCUCGCAGGCACAGAAGUCACAGUCUUCGAAGGAGAAGAUCAUCCAAACUUCCGAUCCCAAGGAGGUACCCUCGAUCUUCACACAGCAACUGGCCUUGCAGCUCUCAAAGAGGCCCAAGUUUUUGACAAAUUCCUGAAGCACGCCCGCUACGAUGGACAGUAUAUGGCCAUUGUCGAUAAGGACCUUGAAUACCACCUCGUUCGAAACGCAGACGGCAAAUACAACAAGAUCGAAGAACGCCCUGAGAUCGACCGUUCCAAGCUUCGUGAAAUAUUGGCCCAGUCACUUCCCGAGGGCAUAAUCAAGUGGGGUCAUCAUCUCAAGAAGGUCGAAGGCCGAACACUCUUCUUUAACCACACAACAGUUGAUGGCUUCGAUCUCAUCGUCGGUGCUGAUGGUGCCUGGAGCAAAGUUCGAAAGGAAAUCGACCCAAGCCUAGUCCCCGAGUUUGCAGGAAUUGCCAUGCACGAGCUUGAAGUCACAGACGCUGAGAACAGAGCUCCUGAUUUGACCAAGCUGGUCAAUCGUGGUAGUAUCUUUGCCAGCACAGAUGGCAACCGAACAACCAUCCAACAGAUGGGCGAUGGUAGUCUGAACAUCUACUGCGGCUAUGUCACCGACAAUGAAGACUGGGCGAAGCCAGAGAAUUGCGGCUUCGAUCCUUACAACUUGAAGGAGACAACUGAAACUUUGCUUAACACCAAGUACAAGGACUGGGACCCUCGACUAAAGCAAGCACUGGAGUUGGCUGACGGAAGAUGCGCUCCACGUUCUCUUUACAUGCUCCCCAUCGGUACCAAGUGGGAGCACAAGCAAGGUCUAACUCUCAUCGGCGACGCGGCACAUCUCAUGACACCCUACGCUGGUGAAGGUGUCAACCAAGCUCUCGACGAUGCAAUGCAACUUGCAAAGGCCAUCAACGGAGCUGCUAAUAAAGAUGAUGCAGCACUCGACAAGGCGAUGAAGAGUUUCGAGAAGGAUAUGUUUGCUCGAAUUCACCCAAUUCAAGAACUUACCUGGGGGGUGCUGCAAGACUGGAUGUAUACACCUGGAGCUCCCAAGACUGUCAUGGCCAAGUCGAUGAGCAGACAUGUGAAGCAUAGACUUCCAUUGGUGCUGCAGCCUUUGGGUUUGGCGGCUGUGCAUGGGUAUUACUUUCUGAAGAACAAGAACUUCAUUAGUUGA